UCUCAGCAUGCCAUGAGCUGCGUUGCCGCUAUGGCUGCGUCAUGACGAGAAACGGAACCUUCUGUUUCUGCGCUGACGGCUUUGAGGUCGGUGAGGACGGGACAAGCUGCAGAGAUCAUGAUGAAUGUGCUGUGUACGGAGCAUGUAGCCAAACCUGCCUGAACACCUACGGGUCAUAUAGAUGCAGCUGUACAGAGGGAUACAUCUUACAGAAUGACAGAACGUCCUGCACAGCCAAACAAGACCCUGGCGACAGUCCUCCAGCUCUGCUGAUUGUAAGGUCAGAUCACAUAGCAACCACAAGACUAAACGGAUCUAAUCUACAGACUUUGAGACUGUUGGAAAAAUAUGGAUCCCUUUCAUUGGAUUACUAUUACCAGGAAGAGGAAGUGUGUUGGCUUCUAUCCUCAGAUUCCACUGGAAGGCUUCGCUGUGCUAAGAUGAAGAAUCUGAAUGGAUUUACAAUGGAAAAGGAUAUCAAAACAGUACAAAGUUUACAAAAUGUAGAGCACAUGACCAUCGAUUGGCUCACUGGAAACUUUUACUUUGUGGACCGUGUAAGCGACAGGAUAUUUGUUUGCAACCGUGUUGGGGACACCUGUGUCACCAUUAUAGAUUUAGAUCUGACCAAUCCUAAAGGAAUCGCUGUGGAUCCACUUAUGGGGAUGCUGUUCUUCACUGACUAUGGGAACGUAGCCAAGGUGGARCGGUGCCACAUGGACGGCACCAACCGAACCAGACUGGUGGAUUACAAGACAGAGCAACCCACAGCUGUGGCCCUGGACUUGGUCAAGAAGCUGGUGUACUGGGCAGACUCCUACCUGGAUUACAUUGAAGUAGUGGAUUACAAUGGGAAGAACAGGCAUGCAGUCAUCCAGCGGAGUCAAGUGUCCUACAUCCAUGGAUUAGCUGUCUUUGAGAACUACCUGUAUGCCACUCAUUCUGACCCCUCCAUUGGGAAUACCAUGGACAUCUUCAAGAUCCAUCGGUUUAACACCACAGAACCCAGGACACUAACCAGCCUGGGGAGUUCCAGAGGAGCAAUACGUGUUUACCACAGACUCACUCAACCAAAAGUUAGGAGUCACGCGUGUGAGACGGACCUGUAUGGAAAGCCAGGUGGAUGCUCCCACAUCUGUCUGCUGAGCGGUAGCUACAAGUCCAGGACCUGUCGAUGUCGGACAGGCUUCAGUAUGGGGAGCGACGGACAAUACUGCAAAAAACCCAAACACGACCUCUUCCUGUUCUAUGGUAAAGGUCGGCCAGGGGUCAUCCGAGGCCUGGACUUGAAUGUGAAGUCCAGUGAUGAGCACAUGGUCCCGAUUGAGGACCUGGUCAACCCCAGAGCCAUCGACUACCACACAGAGUCAGGACAAAUCUACUUCGCUGACACCACCAGUUUCCUMAUAGGCCGGCAGAAAAUAGAUGGGAACAGCCGGGAAACGGUCCUCAAAGAUGACCUGGACAAUGUUGAGGGGAUCUCUGUGGACUGGAUUGGCAAUAACCUCUACUGGACCAAUGAUGGCUACAGGAAGACUAUUAGUGUGGCCAGACUGGAGAGGGCCUCUCAAACCAGGAAGACUCUUCUGGAGGGGGACAUGUCUCACCCCCGAGCCAUUGUAGUGGAUCCCCUCAACAGUUGGAUGUACUGGACGGACUGGGAGGAAGAUGAAGUCAAUGACAGCAUAGGAAGAAUAGAAAAAGCGUGGAUGGAUGGAUCUAACAGACGGAUAUUUGUCACAUCUAACAUGCUGUGGCCCAACGGCCUCACCCUGGACCAUGGGACCAGCACCAUGUACUGGUGUGAUGCCUACUACGAUCACAUAGAGAAGAUUCACCUUAAUGGCACUGGCAGACAGGUUGUGUACAACGGCAAACAGUUGAACCACCCGUUUGGAAUUUCUCACUACCGGAACUCCAUCUUCUGGACGGAGUACAUGAACGCUUCUGUUUUCCAGCUGGAUCUUACCUCUGGGGAUGUUACUCUACUGAGAAGCGAGAGGCCUCCUCUCUUUGGCCUGCGUGUGUACGAUGCUCAGAGUCAGCAAGGUUUGUCUGCUUUUACUUCCCCUCCUACCAUCCCCAAUAAAUAAAGAUUACCAUCAGAGAAUGGAGUCUAUGGAUCUUGUAUACCUGUUCCUACAACUUAGCACAAAACCUCUCCUACCAUCACUAUGUAGUCUAUGG